AUGAACAAACGGUACAUCAUGGGACAUAAAAGGAUUAGCUUGCUUUUGUUAAUAGGUAUUCUAAAUCUGACGGUUGCAGUAGAAGUUCACUUCGAAACACCCGACAGUGGAUUUUUUCUGAAGCAUUCUCCACGACAAAGUGCAUUGGCAUCAAUCGUUUCGAGUGCAACAUCUAACAAUGGCAAGGUACGAUCAGUUAAUGGCGAUUCCUUGCUUUCGGUGGAUCGAUUUACGGUAGUACAAACUUGUCAACCAGUGUCUGUGCGAGCCAGCUAUGGGCCUUUCUCAACGAAACAAACAGUACCCGCACGAUACAUCGUUCCCGAUGUUCUGGAAACCACGAACCUUGACGGAAACUCUUCACAAAAUACCACUGCCGCAUUGAUGGACUUGCAGCAGCAAUCUAAUCUGCAUCUGGAUAUAUCAGCCCAUGUUGUACGGAGCACAGUUGCCCGUGAUUCACCGGUGCUUCGUGUUUUGUUUCAUGCCGGUGCCGAUCCUGGUGGUCAUUUGCAGCGACAAAAAAUAUGCGUACUAUUGCACGCUUCAAUGGGUAACAGAAUCCCACUUAAAGGCAAAUGUAUGCCUGAAGGAGAAGAUGGUGUAUGUGUGGCGGAAGUAGUAAUACCAUCCAACUGGUGGCCGGCACUACCACCUCCAGAAAGAGAUGGCCGCCUAUCCAGCACUCCACCAAAAAGCCCACAAAGAUUAGUACAAGUAUCUUACAGUGUGUUUGAACCUCCUGCUAGGAGUCCUGAACUUUGUGAGCCUAAAGUGCAGAUUCAACCGCUAACACCAUUUGCAAAAAUUCCUCUAAGUCAAUCUCAAUUGCCCUAUAAAGAACUUCGCGCUGAUAAUACACUUACGAUGAUGGUACCACAGAUACCAUUGUACCCUCUUUCAAAAAUACACGUUCCAGUUUUUCUUCAUCCGGAAAAUGGACAAAAUAUUGCAGUAUUCAUAGUAAGAGCUCGCGUAAAAGCCGGAAUGCGUAUCCUUGGUGCUGUAGCAUCAUCAGAUGAGUGGAACGUUUCAGUAGAGAAGGAAAACACUAAACACACUGUGGCUCGGGUAACUGCAUUUCGCAAAGAUCAGGAUCCAGACAGUCCUACGAGAGGAAUACGUUUUGAUGAUGUAUCUUCGAAUGAGGGUGUUGUUGAAGUUUUUUCAUGGUUACUUGAAGUUUCUAAUGAUACCAAGGAAUAUUGGGAUGGUGGAAGAAUCAUUUGGUCCGUUAGCUAUGUUCACGAUGGACCAAAAAUGAAAAUAGAUUUGUCGACCGAAUCUUCACUGAUCAGCGGUACUGGAUUGCAAGACGAGAGUCGGAAAAAGAUUGUGGCAAAACUUGAAAUACAAAAGGAUGAUAUUCAAGCUGUAUUGCCUAUUGCGAAGAAUUGGGAACUUAUGAAUACGGCUGUUCUUACCGGUAGACAAGUAUCACAGGCCAUGAAAGUAUUCAUAGUAUCACAAGCUGGCAAAAUGGCUGAUGUCACACUUCAGAGUUCAUGCCAGACAGAAGAUGAAAGUGUGAUAAAAGUAUCUUCGUCAUGUAGCUCUGUUUAUGUAGAUGGGUCAGAAGUAAGAGGUUCAUCCAAUGCUUCAAUAUUGGUAAAAUAUGGAACAUAUUCGGGACUGGCUCGGUUCACCGUAUGGAUGCCUGAAUUUCCCUUAGAGGUAUCCGUCGCCGAUUUUCGAUUAUCUCAGAUCAAAGGUUGGAAAAUUCCGGACGAUCAUAGCACUGCAAAUGGAAAACCAAAUCGGCGCAGGAAGCGAGCAUAUGGCAAUGGUGGUGCAUGGGGUCAUCAUAAUGACGAUUUAAGCAAUGGAGUUUCACCAGAAAGAGGUGUGUGUCGUGCGAGAUAUCAACAAAGUCCGGUGGAAGUAUAUGCGAGAUUCGUAGCAGUGGAUCAGGAUUCAGGACGUGUUAGCUAUUUAAUUUCCCGUCGAACUGGGUUGCGGGUUACGGAUUUGGUUCAAUCGUUACUGCGAGUAGCAGAUCCAAAAAUUGCUAGUCUAAGAGGACGAACACUUCAAGGGCGUGCCAUGGGCCGUACGGAUGUUCAGGUUCUAUCACCAAUCAAUGGAAGGGUAAUAGGCGCUCGCGAAGUGCGUGUGGGUAGUGACAAAGUAACCAUAACGCGGUUGAUGGUUAAAGUGGUUUCCGGAUUACAAUUAUCAAUAUCUGGUGACGGUUCAAUCGACAGUGGAUAUAUUGCCGAGACCUCGGUUACACGCAGGUUAACUGCACAGUAUCAAGAAGGGCUUCUUGAUAUUGAAUUAGAAUUUUCCGAUGGAUCCAGAACACCUCUCAGGGAUAUUUCUGUCGAUGAUUAUUUCCUCCUGGUCGAAAGUCUUGAUACGGAAGUAGUUGCCUUUGCACCAAUGCUUGCAUCGCAUCAUCCAAGAGUGAUAGCAGUUGGUGAAGGAAACGGGGAGUUAUUAAGAGUUACCUUACUGCUUUCCGAGGAAUGUCGUAUUCGUCGAAAUAUGCCGGUUUCCAAACAGGGUAUUAAGACAUCUGUUGGUCCGUUAGUUAGUGCACUUGCAUCUGUUCAAGUUGAUUUCAGUGGAUCGGAUACGAAUACCAGGACAGACACGUUACAGAACGAUGGCGCUGUGGGGCGUGAUCGUAACAAAAUGGGAAAAGAAUUAAAUGACUUAGAGGAUAUACUUAUUGGGAUUCCGCUGCAGGAUGAUAAUGGCCACGAAACCGCAGCUGUUGUGCAUUCUUCCAGCAAGCAUCAUCGAGGGAAUGUAGGCGGUGGCAUUAUCAGCAGUAACAGCGGGAUGGUCGGAGUUUUCUCAUCCAAUAAAAGUAUGGUUCAUGGCGAUGCAUCCACACUUGAGAUAGGCAUGUACAUUGUGUUAGCUGCCUUUUGUUUGGCCAUUGCCGUAUUUGUGGUGUCAUGUGUGGUAUACGCGUCUAAGUACCGACCAGUAAUGAUCGAUGCAAAUGGUGAUGCUAGUGUACGCGAUGGUAUGGGACAUUCAACUGUGUUUGAUGUUGGAAAAGGUAACGAGUCCUGUGCUACCAAUGCGCAUGAUUGGGUAUGGUUAGGCCGGGCAACUGUUGAUCGAUCUAACGCGGAUGUUUUAGAAGCGGGUGCAUGUCAAAAAGAUUCACGGAUGAACAUAAUCAGCAAUCCUAUGAAUUCUAAAUACGAUGAUAUGGGCGAACACCACGUACAAAUUAACAGCUUCGAUAAUCCCAAUCAUAUUCAAUUACCAUCAGCUGUAGCAGGUACUCGUACAGGUAUCGCAACAAACGACAAAUCGGUUACUCCAAUUAAUUCCUGCACAUAUAAAACACGUGAUCGGUACAAUCGUGCAAUACAUGAUGAGGCAUCUAUACUGCCGCAACGUAGUAUGGCAACGACGGUGGUUGAUCGAAUCGAAUACCGUCCACCAGUGCCACCGCAUCGUAAUAUAGGAGUAACUGCUCAUGUUUCUAAUAAGCAACUGCCUAUUGACACCGUUCCGCAGUUGAAGGUAUCUAAGCGUUAUCAUCAUCGUCCUCCCAGGAAUAGCGGUGGAGUAGCGCUGAGUAAUGUGGGUAGCAGUUGCUCGAGCACGAAUCCCGCAUUUGAUAUACAGUUACAAAACAGUUCUGGAUUGCAACAGCGUAACAUAAAUCAUACUCAACAGCAACUAAACUUGGCCCUCUUCAAUGGUGGUAACAAUGGUAACUCUAAAAAUGCAAAACAAUUUGAAAUUAUGCAUCCGAUACCGACUAGAAAAACGAACAGAUCACCGCACUCGUUUGAAAACAUGGGCUUCUGUAUCACCUCCCUAUCUAAUACUGAAAAUUAUCAAAAUGGCGAUAAACACCAUCAACAACAUCGGCCACCAAAAGAAUUGCAUAUGGCUGAACGCUUGGUAGAACAACCCAAUGGCCAACAGACGGCAUUUAAAUUUGACACAAUAAAUCAACAUCAAAAAUAUCAUCAGCCAUUUGAAUGUCCUAAGUCCCCAAUACAAUCACUCGAGACUGUUGCAAAGCCAGGCGAUCGAAGAAGUACUGGUUACAGUCAACAAUUCCAGCAACAACUGAAUAAAUCGUCUGAUGAUAUAGGCCGCGUUGGUAAACCGAAACACAUCGAUGAGGAAGCAAGCCAAAAAAGCGUAUCUCUCUCCUCAGAUGACGAUGGUGGCUUUGCCCCAACUGUUGAGCAGUCGUGUAGAAAAAUUAAUGUUAACGUGGAAAGUAUUACGCCAGCCUAUGUUGCGUCUAUGAUAGCCGCAACGAAAGAAGCUAACAAAAAACCAACUGUCGUGGGAAAUCCGAUGUUUUCAACAACACCUGACAGUGAAUUGGGACCUGGGGAAAGUCUAGGGUUAGAUGAUCUAGACAUGGAUUACGAACAAAUUAUGCAUUACUUCGAUAAUCUGAAGGAAUCGAACGCCUGAGUGCAGGAGAUCAUUGCAAAAAUUCGCGAAAUAUUAGCCACAUUUCAGCAACAGUAUAGAAACGUGGCGAAAACACCGCUGUCCAGUCCAACUUGUAUUCCCGGUAUAAAAGAUCCUAACUUUGAGCAGUUUUUUGAACAUUUAAGUGAAUCGUACGCAUAAAAAUGAAUAAGGCUAUUGUAGGUUUUACUGCACCAACGCAACAUCUGCCUCAUAGAGCUGGAAAAAGUUAUAGCAAAGUUGUCAUUUACCAGGCAAAAUACCGAAUGAUGUAAUUACAAAACGUCCGUACAAAGUGACCACAAUCAGCGAUUGUGAUUUAUUGUUCUUAGAAAUAUUUUUGAAACAUUUAUUUAUUAUUAGGUGCCAUAUCACCUAGCGAAGCUUAGUGUAAUAGCAUUUAUUAUCUUCAUACAUACCAGCGUUCGAGCGUGCUUGAAGCGAAAGAAAUGAACAAUGUAUAUUUUUAUUAUAAUUAUAAAGAAUCUCAAUGCAUAACGUAGUUGAAGCCACAGCAUAGUUCAUUUUCGUGUAAUGUUAAAUAAGUCUCAGGUUUUAGUUGUAGCUUUUUCUAAUGACUAUGAACCAUUCAGUCGAUGCGUGCUACUGGUACUUUGCUGCGUAAGAACAUUUGUUCAAAUGUUCAGUUUAUAUUAUCAGUUGCAACAUUUAUUUUAUCCCGUGUGCUGCUAUCUAUGAUUUCAAUUCUUACCUGACUAAAUUUACACAAAGAGCGGAUCUACAAAUUUUGCGAAUUUGCAGUGAUCUAAACAAAAGCUAUCGAAAAUCUCAACUUACUAACAAUAAUAUCGUCGAAGUCAAUAGAAUAAAUAUACAUAACUAUAAUGGAUUAUUGCACCUGAUGUCAUGUGAGCUUACAAAGCAAAAUUCACGCAUUGAAUUGGAAAACGUAAAAUAAUUUAAAUAUAGUGCUAUCCGGUAUGACAUUCUACACAUACUUCGAAUGUUGUACAUUUGCUGUACUAAAAAUAUAAUAUAUAAUUAUAAAAGCAGCAUGACCAGGUUAGUUCACGGGAAAGCAAUACGUGAAGUACUGAGUGUGUACGCUUUGGUCUUGUACAAAUAUGAUGCAUGAACAUGUAAUUUUUGUACUGCAAAAAAUCGUACUGUUCUUCUAUAACGCAAUCACCCAGUGUAAAAACUAAACAAACGUAACAUAAUCAUAACAAACGUCAAUCGAACUAUUUGGAAUCUGUUUCACUAAGGCAAUGCGUCCGUGUUACUGAAACAAUUUCACUGCCGUUGUUUUUUUCGGUACUUCAUUAUUAGUACCACGAUGAGCGUAAUGAACAGAAUUGUAUAGCCAUAAUUAUUUUGAUGAAGAAAGUUUGAAAGAGUGUAUAUUGUACUGCACUUUCGACAUAUGUAUUCAACCAAUAAAGCAAAAUUAAAAGCAGCAAAUGCACGGACAGAAUUUAACAAAAUAAUCACGAUUAUCUAUGCAUAAUACCGCAACAAUUUAGCUAAAUGAGUCAGUGACCAAAAUAAAUGUAUAUAAAUCUAUGUGUGUAAAUGACGUGGUUUGCAAACAAGCACACCUGCUUGUUUAUUAACUUGAUAAAUUUAAAUUGCAAAAACUUUGUGAGCUUUGCAACAAAUCACAUUAAAUUCUUUGGACGUGUUUUGAGUAGAUCUGCAAUAAAGAACUGCUUUUUGGAUGCUGCAUAUUUUGAACAUAUAAAAAUAUUACGGCUGGGAGAGUUUCGGGAAAAUACUCUUAUUAUAAAUGAAGUAUUGAAAACAACGCAUGCUAUGUGUAUUGGUUUGGUUAUCGCUGGAAUUAACAUUCCGCAAAUUGUUAGUUAUUGGAAGAACUAUUUUAAGUACUUAUACAUACUCACAAUCAAUGUACAAACAUUUCUGCUGCAGCAUUAACUGAAAAGGUGAAAAUGUAAUGUUUAUACUAUGCAAGGAAGUUUCAUAAUAUAUUUUGCUAAGCUUUAAGGAAUAUGUUUGUUCAUUACCUUAUGAUCAAUAUCUUGUAGCAACCAAUCUCUCCCUAUUAUUUUUUUUAAUGCGACUAUCACGAAUACAAUACAAGAACAAAAAAAUGAAAAUUUCUCACCAUUUUAAUCUAUGUAUAAUUAAAUUAUAGCUCAUAAGACUACUAAUAUCUUAUGCAAGAUAGUAAAACCUUCAUACCAAAAAUUAGCUUUACAAUAUUUAUAAAUCACGUGUAAAUGACUUACUACGUGAUAUUCAACACCCGCACAUGUAAUCAGACCUCCUCUGGUCGUACAUACCAUCGAACAGUUUUGUUGAACUAAAAUCACUAAACUCUAUUCCUGGUAAUAUUUGUAACCUUUUCUUUAAAAAUAAACCAGUGCCAUAAAAAGUGAUUUGCGAAAUAGAGUAAAGGAUCUAAUUUUAGUACAGAAACCCCAUGUUUUGGAAAUAGUUGAUCAGUUUUUUUAAACAAGUUUAUCACAUGCAAGUAAAACAUUAUAGAAUUAAUAGAUUAUCGAAAAAUAUUAUAAUCUUUCUUUCUGUGGGACAUUAUUGUUAUUAGCUUGUUUUUUUCAUCGAGUUUAGAAUGUUCGGGUGGUUGCUAUUCUUUCAGUUAAUCGAUUAUUUUGCUACCUAUUUUAUGUAGCUUUGGAUAUCAAAGCGAUUCGGUUUUUUAAUAGUUUCAAUUUACAUAACUCAUGGAUUUCGGACUACUUAUCUAAAUACCACAACACCUUUACAAUUUGCGCUUCCAUGAUAAUUUUAUGUUUACAUUCACUACGCCGAUGAGCGUCAUUCGUUAACAGAACACACUUCUGUCACUUCAUUUCAACAUCAAAAUGUUAUAAAGCUUGUUGUCGAUGUUUAUUUCUAUACUAUUAAGCAAAUGUUUUUCUCUGCUUUAAUUUUCCUCACAGCGCAGAAAAAUGCACAAGAAUUUAUGUUUAAUUUUUUUAAAAGACGAGUUCAUAAUUUUUCCUACAUUCACUUACAGAUAGGAAUCAUUUCAUAAUUUGUAUGAAGCCGUCUCGUAGGCCGUCACAUAAUAUCUGUUAGCCAUGAAACAUUAAAGGAUAGCUCCCAAUUAGAUGUUUUGCUUGAUUAUUCUUCCACAGCAGUGUUUUGUAUUGUUUUAUACAGAUUGUGCGACGUUCUAAAGAGCUCUCUCUCUCUAUAAUUCUACACAACGUAUACCCGGAAUGGAAAAAAAACAAAGCCAAUAUAUGAAAACAAGGAUCAAUAAUAAACAAAAAUAAAAAAAACGAGUAUUAAAAUAAAUUGCUUCGCUUAAAAGAAAAUCAGUCCAUUACAUGUAUUCCUGCUAAUAAAUGGAUUACGAAUUGUUUUGUUCAUCUACUACUUAUAUUCAAAAACUGCAAUGUUUAACUCGUAUAAAACCAACAAAAUUGUAUAAUAUUUAAAAGAGCUUGAAUAUACACGUAAACGCGCUAUACAUUUAACAUGCAGAAACUCAAAAAUAUAUAAUAUAAUUAUGUAAUACAUUUAGCAAUAUCUAAUAACGAUUAUUUUUAAUCAUACACAAAACUCUUUAUUUGAAAAACGUUUCUUCUUAUUAAUAUAAAUCACCCAAUUUUGUUUCCUGUAUCAAAAAUGUAGCAAAAAAACUCAAAUGGAAAAAUGGAAACUGGAUAUUAAAACAUUGUUAGUUUACACGUUAAUUUAUUAAGCAAUGAUGCAAAACAACCAAGACAAAGAUGAACGUGUGGCCAUUAAUCGGCCAUGUGGAAUACAAACGUUAUAUAUUUAACGGAAGCAUUAAUGCGUGCAAGACAGAAUAAAAGUGUGCAGCAGCGCGCAAUUACAGAAUGGAAAUGAAACAUAGACUAAAAAACAUUCUAUAGGAAAACAUAUGCGUGAACUUAAGUAAUGCUUAGAGUACUAAAUUGGAUGUACAUUUGUGUGUCUGAUAUUGCUUGAUGCCAUAAAAUGCUCAACUGUUAUAACCAACAAACAUCACAGACGAAACAUGCAUACUCAUACCUACUGCAAUAGAAAUACAAAAACAAACUUGAGUAACAACCAUUAGAAUAAAACAAAAUGAAAGACGGCAAGUGGUCAAUAAAAAGUCACUAACAUGGAAUCUUAUUUACUGGAGAAAAAAGAAUAAUGUUACUCCGAAAAUCGAACUAUAAGGUGACGAUUUCUAGUAAUAUUACUUGAUGAAUUUGCCAAACUUUAAGUAGUUUAACCGUAAAAAGCGCUUUGGUCUGUUUUCAGCAAAA